AUGAGUAGUGUUGUUAAAAAGUCAUCUCAUUUCACACCCAAGCUUAAAAAGAAGGCAAUAAGGAGGAAGGGAACCUCUCUAUCUAAGCCUACUGGUAUAAUAACACCUCCUACUACACAAGUUAGCCAAGCAGAAGGUAUUGAUAAGGAGAAUAAAGAAAAUCAUGAAAAGGACAUUGAAAUAUCAAGCUCAGAAAAGAUAGAUAAAAAGACACCUAACUUUAACUUUUCGUUACAAACUAAUAAGCCAGAUAUUUCUAGUUUGGUAGAGGAAGAUGUUGAUCCCAUGGAUGCAUCCCGUAAAAUUUCUCCAGAUCAACUGCAAGAUUCAGAAUCUGGUAACGAAAGUCAAGAAGAAGCGAAUGAAUAUGGUGACAAUGAUAUUUUUAAGAAGCCGGAAGAGCUUAGAACUUACAGAAGACAAUCAUCAAUUAGAGCACAAAGAAGAUUAUCUGGGAUAACGCCAAACAUAAUACGGAACAGAACGAGCUCGACAUCAGUAUCGAUAACACCAACUGUUUCUGUUCAACCCGAAGGGACCGACGGAUUGGGCCAAGCUCCUAUGAAGAUUGGUAUACCCAUUUCCAAGCCAAGUAAGAGAAGAUCACUGGUUGCGCAUCAUAGGCCGGGUAUUAAGAAGGCAUUAGCAUUAAAUGCGUCAAUAAUACAGACGCCUAAGGACUCUCGGAGAUUAGGAAGUGACGAUGAGGAUAAUAAAGAUGCCAUAAAUUUGUCUCAGGCGAAAUACGUCAUUGGUAUUGAUCCAAAAACGAAUAAAUUAAAGAAAUUCCGUACUGAUACCGGUGAAGAAGAAUCCAGUGACAAUGAGGAUAAGGAUUCCGAUAUCCUGGAAGACGAUGAUGCGUCGAUAGAUUCUAAAUCCAGAAGACUGAAAUACAAGCUGAUACCUCUUGCUCCAAAAGACUUGGAUACACGUAUAACCAGUAUUAAACAGCUUCCUCGUAAAGUUGAAGAUUCAGAUCUAGAAUUGUUCUCCCAAAUCGGGGUUCAAAUCGAUACUAUAACUAUGGCCGAUUUAUGUAAACCCUCGUUGCCUAUCGGAGAAAUCAGUGAAAAUUUCCAGUUGGUCAAAGAAGCGCAAGAGAAAAUCAGAAAGAAAAAACUCCGUAAAAGAGUCGAUAGAAUGAGAGCUCGUACAGAAAGAAAGACGUUAGAAGAAAUUACCGGGGCGGACGAUAAGCCUGAGGAACAAGAAAGAAAAAAGGUUCAAAAUGAUUUAUUAAAUGUUGAUGAUGUACCAACUGAAAGCACCAGCAUCAAGCUUUCCAUGCAAAAUGGAAGUAUUGUUGUUGAUGAAGAUUCCACGGUUGUCAAUAGACACCGUAAUCAUGAUACCAGUGGUAAGUCUAGAGAAGAGUCGAACCCCUUCGAGAACCCAAUCACGUCAUCUACGUAUUCUAAAAGAAAGCAUACUGAUCGUUGGACCCCUGAGGAACUUAAACAGUUUUAUACAGCCUUAAGUACUUGGGGAACUGAUUUCACCUUCAUCGCCCAAUUAUUCCCAUAUAGAACUAGGAAACAAAUUAAGCUGAAGUUUAACUUGGAAGAGAAGAAGUACCCCGAAAUCGUGGAAAUCGCAUUAAGAAGGAAGCUUCCAGCGGAUUUUGAUAAAUAUUGUGAUGCUUCCAAAAACAAGUUUGAAACAUUAGAAUUUUAUAACGAGGAAUUAAAACAGAUAAGACUCAAACAUGAACAACAUAUGGCUGAAAUUGUUGAAGAAAGACAGAAGGCUAUUAAGGAAGAUGCAGAAGCAAGUAGAAGAAGAGAAAUUGAAAUUAGAACAGGUUCUAAGCCAAUGACAAGAGCAGAAAAGGUUAAGGAGUUACGUAAGAAUGAAAUGGUCUUGGGUUCAAUUGAUGAUGUUAAGAAACAAAGAACUGAAACUGACUGA